UAUCUCCCAUUGCACAAGGAUCUCUAGGAUGCAUAUGUCAGAGAGGUGCUCUUGUUUAUAAGAAGGUGUAGGGAAGGUGCUCACAAGGCUCCACCCCUAACUGAGUGAAAGUUGAUGGCUGCUGGGGAGAGAAAUCAGUUCUUUAAGUGCAUUGUCAAUCCAGUGCCAGAGGAUGGACCCAUACCCAUGAGUGUAUAGGCAGUACAAAUUGGACUCUGGGUAAUAAGAUAAAAAUAAAAGACAUGAAGUUGGAAAGGGGCUGGGGUGGGUCUUGGAAGAGUUACAUGAAGAAGUAAGGGUGAAAAGGAUCAAAAUAUAUUGAUAAAAGUGUAUGAAAUUUUCAGAUAACUAAUACAAUACUAUAAUUUAAUAUACAUUCACAUACAUAUAUUACAUACACACAUAUAAUAUGUAUAAUAUAUAUAUACAUAUAUCUUAGCCCGAGGUGGGAGUCUAUAGAUUUACCCUGAAAGCAAGUGUGACACUUGGUGCUCUGAAUCUGGCUCGAACUCAAUAUGAUCAAUUGGAAAUUUUGCCAGUAUAGCCAGUGGUGGCUAUAAUCCCAGUACUUGUGGAGACUGAGGCAGGAGGAUUGUAUGAGUUGUAGGCCAGCCCGGAGCUACAUAGUAAGAGUUGAGAGCAGUUGGGAUGGAAAUGUAGCUCAGGGGUUUAGUACAUGUCUAUCUUGUGUGAGAUUGGAUUUGAUGCUUAACAUCACAAAAGAAAAAAAAAGGAUUUUCACAUGCUUGUUCCUGAUUACAGAGAUAGUUGUUAAUCUGAUUUUUAAAUUUAAUUUCAACCCUACAUUUUCUUAUGUAUUUGUGUGCAUGUAUGUUAAUAUGUGUAGAUGUCCAUGCACAGGUGUGCACAUCAGGGUGGAGGCCAAGGUCAGUGUUGGGUAUCGCCUCAAUAACUUCCACCUUACUCUUUGAGACAAUGUCUCUUCGCUGAGUUUGGAGCUUUCCAAUCAACUAGACUAACUGGCCGGUAUGCUCCAGAAAUCCUCCUGUCUCUGCUCCCUUCGUUGGGAUUACAGGUGCAUAUCACCUUGUCUGGCUUUUAAAAAAAAUCUGUGUAUUCCUGUGUUUUUGUCAUCCAAAGGGGUGUGGGGGUAUUCAGGAGUCAGAUCCCUGUUGUAUGACAGAACUUCUUUGGGGGAGAUACAACACAAUUGUCCACUCACCUCAGAUAGGGAACUCAUGACAGACCAAAGUGAUACCACCGAAGUUCAAUUUGGUGAACAAACGACUUUUAUUGGAGUUUCUUACAGGAACAUGGGCGAGGGGUUACUUACAGGAACAGAAAUGACUCAAAGACAGCUGUAUCACCAAACCCAUGGCGGCGUGGGUGGCAGCUCACAAAGCUGGGAACCUGGAGCUUACUGCACAGCCUGCAGGUAAAGAGUCCUUAGAUGGCUCCAAAUGACCAGAAGACAACCGAUAUGAAAUUGCAGAAAGCAGCUUUAUUCUCGAGACAGAAAAGUCAGUGUGCUGGAGUCCACCCAAAAUGGCGUCAACCCUGGGAGAAGUUCCUUGAAUAUAAUUAAGGAAUACAGCCAACAUGUUCUACACUCAUGUGCUUAUGAGUAAACGAGGGCCACUGGCCAAAAUAUGGCUUGCAGCUCACUGGGAGAAGAAGCUCACAAAGGCCCAUGUGUUUGAAUGCAAUAUAGAGAUAACCAUUCAGAAAAUUCUUUCACCUAAGGUGAAAAUUGCACUCCGAACUUCAGGACACCUUCUUUUGGGAGUUGUUCGAAUCUAUAAUAGGAAGGCAAAAUAUCUUUUGGCCGAUUGCAGUGAAGCAUUUCUCAAGAUGAAGAUAACAUUUCGCCCAGGACUGGUUGACCUCCCAAAAGAGAAUUUUGAAGCGGCUUACAAUACUAUCACAUUACCGGAAGAAUUUCAUGACUUUGACAUCUAUAAUAUGAAUGAGAUUGAUGUUUCAGAGACCCUUGCUCAGAACCAAAGCAGACCAGAGGAAAUCACACUUAGAGAAGAAUAUAGCAAUGAUCUACUUUUACAAGCUGAGAGCUUUGGGGAUGAACCUGAACUUCUCAGAAGGCAUAGCUUCUUUGAUGACAACAUAUUAAUGAACUCCAGUGGUCUUGUAGUUGAACAUAGUUCUGGAAGCCUCAUGGAAGAAAAAUCUUUGUUCUUUGACAAUGGAGAUGGAUUUGGAGAUGAAGGAGCUGCAGGAGAAAUGAUUGACAAUAUAUUGCAAGAUGAGACUACCCUUUUAGAAGACAUAUAUUCGAACAAAGAAACUUCUCUGCCUCCUGAGCUUCCCAGUAGUAUAAUGGUAGAACCAGGUAAUUCAGAUGACCGAUACCUACCUGAAGAUGAAAAAAUAGAUGAAACACCAUUAUUAUCAAAUGAAGAAGAAGCAUUUACUCUUGAUCCAAUUGAUGGUUUAGACAUUGCUGAGAGAAAGAAAAGCAAAAAAAGGAGGUUGCUCAUAGAUCCAGUCAAGGAGAUAAGUAGCAAGUCUAUGCAUAAGCAGCUUACUUCCUUUGUGGACACUUUAAUGGUUCUGGACCUUGCACCCCCUACACAAAGAUUGAUGAUGUGGAAGAAGAGAGGAGGAGUGGAUACACUUCUGUCAACUGCUACCCAGGAUCUGAUUCAUGAGGAACUGAAAAAGUUGUUUGCAAAAUGCUUCCUGUCUUCUGAUUUUAAACUUGCAAAAUUGAUACAGAAGGAGUCAGUAAGGAAAGAAGUGGGAACCAAAAACAUUCUAGAGCCCUCAGUGAUAGAAGAGCCAAAUUCCUACAGAGAGUUAGAUCAACCCCAAGCUUGGAAUGAUGUGGUUGAUGAAUCUACGGGUAGCUUUCAGGAGGAAAUCAAUAUGAAUAUUAUCUCUGAGCAGGAUAUUUUUGAAAGGAUUUCUCCAGCUGCUGAGGGAUUAUCUUCAAUGAAUGCCUCUUUGGCCCAAGAAAAUUGUGCAGUUGAAUUGGAGUCAUCAGGCAGCCAACAAAAUACUGAGGCAGAGAAAUGGAAUCAAAGAUUAUUUCAGACAUUAAAUGAAUUACGGGAAUACAACAAGAUGGGAAUGCAAUCCUUUAGUCUGAUCAAACUAUGCAGAAAUAGUGGCCGAAAACAGGCAGCUGCCAAAUUUUAUACCUUUCUUAUCCUGAAAAAACAUCAAGCUAUUGAGCUGAGCCAGAGUGUUCCCUAUGCAGAUAUUAUAGCCACAGUGGGACCAAUGUUCCAUAAGUUGUGAAAGAAAUCCAGAGCAUGCAGGUUUAUGCCAUCACUGGCACUUCUGUAUAGACUGUUCAGUUUGCUGCAGAAGCUAUCUGGAAGCAGCAGGUGGUCUGGCCCAUUUUCUCUCCAGAGGGCAGAACAAUCACAGCCAGAGUUGGAAACCUAUGUGGGGACAGUUAAGUCAUUUUUUUAACUUAACUGAUUUGAAUGUAUGGCAUUUAUCAUUGCCCUGAUCUGAGUGUUGCAUUUAGAUUGUGUUUAGGAUACAUUAUAAAAUGCAGUGUAGCUCCAGGAAACAUUCAAGGGUUUUUUAAAAAGACUGUUUUACAUUGGAUUAUUAAAGUUUGUGGGGUUAAUGAAUAGUUGAUAUUUUCUUACUUGUAGACAUUAGUUUAUUUAAUCUACUUUGUAUCAUCAUCGAUAGUACCUAAUUCCCUGGGUUUUAAUCUAAUACCUUAAAGAUUUACAGAACUUGUUUUAAAUUACCUGAGUUACUUUUAGUCUGGUUCUGGGUCAUUUAACUUUUAUAUUUAAUAUUUAAUAACUUUAUUGUCACUAUUAAUGUCUUUGCAAAACCAAAUCUUCUUAUGUUAAAAAACAAAACAAAGCAAAAAACUGACAGAUACUUGUUAAUGUUUCAUCUGCACGUUCAGCCUUAGUAAAGAUCACUGAAACAUGUUAUUUUACUUUCUGUGUACUGAGCAUUUUUGACAGUAAAAUCAUUUUUUUCUUAGUUGAUAUUUGAACAAAAUUUUUUCAUAAGGUCUAUGAACUGCAAAGUACACUGUAAAAUGUGGCCCAUGGCACUGUAAAUAAUGGUACUGUAGUUACGGUGUAAACAGUUCUAUUCUAAAGAGAUUCUUUGAAUACAUUUAACUAAGAUGCAAAUAA